AAGGAAAAAGCCUGCGCCAGGAUGAAAUGAAUUUUAUUCACAACAUGGAUUCCGUGGAGCAUGCAGAUAUAGUUGCUUGAAAACUGGAAAAUGUCUUUGAGUAAACCUCUUUCCCAGGUCAAGAAUUUGAAAUUAAGAGAAACUUACAGACAAUUUGAAUGCGAAGUCGAUGGAUGCAAAUCAAGGGUUAAAUUUGUAUUUGAUGGAAACUUGGCAUGUCGACAUCAUUUAUGCGGGUUUUGUUUAUCCUGCUCCUACAUACCCGGAGAAAAAUCAGUCGUGUAUUGCAAAUUUUGUGCAGCAGAAAAUGGAAAGCAAGUUUCUGGGAUUCUCUACGAACACCUUAUAACUACGUUUACCAAGGCAAACAUUUGCACAUCCUGCUUCAAUUCUAAGGCUAUCUAUGAAGGAAGAUGUGGGCAUUUGCUUUGUCAGAAAUGUGUUCAAGAUUUAAAUGAGAAGCAAACGCCAGCUGAAUGUAGUGUACGAAAGUGUUCGGAAAUGCACGAGAGGCAAGACUUAAUUGACUUACCGAUAUGGACAAUUUUCAAGUUUCCAAGGUUUAGUGUCUGCAUAGGAACAUUCUGUAAACAAACGGCGGUCGUGGUCCUCAAACAAUGUGCUCACGGGUAUUGUUUUUCUUGCUUGGAGAAACUUUUGGAACAGAAGACAGAAGUUGGACCGUCGAAUUUAGCAUCAGUUAAAUGCCAUCGGUACUUUUGCAAAAUAAUGGUACCAACAACAUCAAUAAAUCGAUUUUUUGCAAAACUGAAGGACAAAUGUUUCCGAACUGCAGUAGUGCUAGAAAUAAGCCCAGUUGAGUGCAGCAAGUGUGAGGUUUAUGACAGAAAAAACGUUUCAAAGGCAAGAUUUCGAAAUAGGUUUUGCUCCAACGAACAUUCCUUCUGCAUUGACUGCAUAGUUUCCUCCAUCUCACAAAGUUCCAGUACCACUCAAUGCCUCAAAAAUGAGAUUGCGGAUGAUGAACAAGUUACUUGUCAAUUUAAUAGUGGAUGCAAGAACACAACACCUGUCCGAUGCUUUUAUACAAUUAUAGAUGUUGUAAAAUAUUCUAAAGCACUG